GAAUACAUAAUUGUUAAAAGCGGACAAGUUAAUCUGCGACAAUAUUGUCUGCAUUGUAUUCCUUCUGUCAUGCGUCCUUUAAGGUUUCUUGGUUGCUUGUGGGGUCUGCUUAGUGUCCAAGCACUGCGAUUUAGCGAGGGUGGUGGAACUCUUCACACGCGACGGUUCUUCUUUGUUGGAGGUUCCUAUGUCAAACAAGGAAAAUCUGAAGUCGUUCAUGGCCAGAUGUAUGUUGAACGUCUUACUCCUGCAAAAGUGACCCAGGACUUCCCGAUCCUUUUUAUACAUGGCUUGGGCAUGACUGGAAGUAAUCUCAUUAACACCCCCGAUGGUCGAGCAGGCUGGGCGGAUUAUUUUCUGGCUGAAGGUUACGAGGUUUACCUUGUAGAUCAACCAGGUCGGGGACGCUCUGCAUGGAAGGAAGGUGUUGACGGUAAUCAAAUCACAGUUGGGGCGACGUGGAUAGAAUCGCACUUUACAGCGACUCGGAAUUAUGGUCUAUGGCCUCAAGCAUCACUACAUACGCAGUGGCCAGGAAACGGAACUGUCGGAGACCCUAUAUUUGAUGAAUUUUACAAGUCAGUAAUGCCUAGUCUCGUAUCGUCCGUCGAGAGUUCUCUAUUGGUGACGGCUGCUGGAUCUAAUCUUCUUGAUAUUAUCGGACCUGUUAUCUUGAUUACACAUUCUCAAUCUGGGCAAUUUGGUUGGCCAUUGGCGGAUGCACGCCCAUCGAAGGUCAAAGCGAUUGUGGCUUUAGAGCCUUCUGGGCCUCCCUUUGAUAAUCCCAGUACCUUGUCCGUGUCGUCGCUUGUUCGGCCUUAUGGUCUUACUGAGAUCCCUAUCGCGUUCGACCCUCCCAUAUCCUCUCCUGCGGACCUCAAUUAUCAUGCUGUCAAGGUCACGUCAGACUACACCUGCUAUCAACAAGUACCACCAGCGAGACAAAUGGUAAAUCUCGUUGACAUCCCCGUUUUGGUUGUCACAGCCGAAGCGAGUUACCAUGCGGUCUACGAUGAUUGCACUGUGCAGUUUCUGGCUGAGGCGGGCGUAAAUGUGAAGCACGUUCAACUCGAGGAUGUGGGUAUUCGAGGAAAUGGGCACAUGAUCUUCAUGGAGAAGAAUUCUCUACAAAUAGCCGAAGACGUUAUCAAUCGAUGGUUGCAGCAGAGUCUCACCUCUUCUUGUCUCGCCUUCGACCUAUGUUAUGCCAGCUACUUCGAAUUUUCCCAAUCGUGCCUUUGAUUGUCAUAUGAUAUACCGACAGUGAACAAUACUGUAUAUUAAUGUCCAUGGAAAUUUUUAUCCCAAAUAUACAAUCAACGCUUCAGACGCUGCAACAGACA